AGCACGAGACAGAAGAAGAGAAAGAAGAAAAACGACACUCGGCGUUCUACGGUCGCUGCAGAGACGUACGCCGCGAAACACGAUCAUGGCCGAAGAAUCGGCAAUGUCCACGGCAGAAAGCGGAGUGCCACCGCCACCCGGAGCUGCAGGGACAGCAAUACAGGCGGAGGUGAUAACAAAAAAGCUCGCCAAUUACUGGUGUUUAAUCGGGUCGAUUCCACUGAUCCUGUUCCUGCUUGUCGCCGUCCCCACCAUCCUCUACGUGAAAAAGUUUUCGGAGUACGUGAACGCAGAAUACUGUGGCACGAAGUCAUGCAAGGAUUUGGCGGACGUCAUUUUGAAGAUGGGCAGCACGCAUGACGCCUGCACCAGCUUCAGCAAGCACGUGUGCAAAGCGAAGGCCGACUAUGCCUUGGAAACUCUGAACAAGAUUCACUCCGACAUUGACAAGUUUACACCCAAGGACGGUGACCCUGGGCUUGCAACAUUUGCCAGAGCAAAGGCCUUCCUCCUCGCUUGCCCCGAGGCUUCGAAAGACUUUCCGCAGGACAAUGACGGCCGUCCCGUGGCCCCUAUCCCAGAGUUUCCUGAAGGGCUGGACUAUGAAGGUCGAUACAACGCCGCGGAAUUGGCCGCCAAUGCAACCUUCUUCGGAGUAGACACCCUGGUGCGAGGCCUUGUCUGCGCGGUGAAUUACACCGACGGCACACCGGACACACCCGACGGCGGCAACCCCCUCAUUGAAUUGAGUGCUCCCACUCAAGACUUCUACCACCGCAUGCUAUUGAACAUGGCCGGCAAGACCUACAUGGAUGUGGCCAAGUUUCUCCAGCAUCCCGACGAUGAAGACAUCCUUCCCAAAAUUGACCCAUUUCGGAAGAAGCUAGAUGCGUUCAUCCUGUCCAAGACCAGGACCGCGAAGCAGAACAUGCCAAUCGUGAUCGAUGUGGGUGAUCUGGAUCGCCUGAUUGGCCCAACCUGGAGCUGGAGCCAAUACCUUCUUCAGCUGAAAUUAGUUGUCAAAGAAAAAAAUUUGAUCCGUCUGAUGCAUCCCGAGUACCUUCUUGGACUGGGUCCAUUCAUCGAGGAAGAAACCACAAAGGAUCCAUUCACCCGAGCGCUGGUGAACGUGGUGCAGCAAAUAGACGCGUACCUUGCCAUUUUCGGUCACCUGGCCAUCCCCGAUUUUCCGGCCGCCAAAAAGAAGGCUGCGUGCGUCAUGCUGACCGAACGCACGUUUCCAGGAGCGAUCGGCCAUGGACUGCUCUACCAACGCGCCACACAAUUCGGAGCGCCUAAUGGCAUCAAUCCUGGAGGCAGCAGCAUCCCGGCGAUGAGUGGUUUCUUGGACUCUGAGGUGCGCCAGAUGCUCGACUCAAUGACUUUUUCGUAUGCACUGUCUACCAGCGCUACCGAAGAGAACAGGGUUGGCUUCUAUCGUCAGGUGCAAAAGAUGAAUGUGGCUCCUGGCUUCUUCAACACAAGCGACGGGCUCUAUGACGAUGCGAUGAAAUCAUACGCAGGAAAAGUGCCCGAAUACCUGGACGAUGUGGAUACAUAUGAUUUCGUCUCUAAAGCGAGGCAGGAUUUUAUGUUUCUCUACUGGAAGAUUCUGGGUAAAAACAAUCCCACCAAGAAUUUCAGGAACCCGUUCGACCCUCUGUACGCCACCUAUCUUCCAAGUGAAAAUUUCCUGUAUGUUCCCAUGGGCGUGUUUACGAAGCCCGUAUUCCGUAACAGCCAGAGGAAUCGAAUAUUCGCUGCGACGUCAGGCUACCUGGUGAUGACCGGAGUUAUGAGAGCUUUGACAAUGACCGGAUCCAUGGUAGUCAAGAACCAGCUAAGUUUUGAGAACUGGGUCGGCUACUCGUGGACGAGGAAAAUGGAGAAGUACACUGACUGUCUACAGGCUGACCGCAAGGACAACGGUACCAUCGAGACCACCGCGGACGUGUACAUGGUCGCGGCUGUUACACCUGCGCUACGGUACUUCAAGAAGCUGGUAUUCCAAAAGGCCUUCCCGCGUCCUGAGUUCCGCAUCGACUGGGUCAGCGACCUCAGCUCCACACAACUUUUCUUCUACAACUGGGCCCUGCUGCACUGCGGUUCCCCAGCAGGCCAAGAACUGAUAGACAUAGCUGCCAGGAACAACCCCUACUUCGCCGAGAGCUUCGGAUGCGAAAAAGGCAGCAAAAUGAUCAAGCUGGAUCCCUGCUUUCUCUGGAAUACAACUCGGAGACACUACUGAGCUACUACAUUUGAAAAUAAAAGCCUAUCUUUUUCUACAUUA